AUGUCUCGAAAGCCUACAACGAGCUUCUUCGAUACGGACCAUUCCGCGAAACGUGCCCUACGUUGGAAAAGGAACCCAAACGCUCUACAACAGCGUGAUCCUUCAUCGCAUGCAUCUCGAACGAAUUCGGCAGCCGGCUCUAUUCCAGUUUCCACCGAGACUAAAUCUAAGCUAGGAGCUUUCGCGUUCAACAAGCCAUUGACGCCAAUUAAAGCAGCAACAAAGCCCGGAAAUGCACCUGGAGGUGGAGGUGGGAAUGACAAUGAUGACGCAGAUUUAGAGGUUUCAAAGAACAACUCAAAAACACCAAUCCCGGGGUCUGAUGCGAUGAAAGAAUGUCCCAAAACUCCAGCCCCAAGACUACAGUUAUCGGAUUUGAUAGGAAUUGGUGAUGAGGGGACCCCCACCCAGGCUCUUCUACAAGCAAGAGAUUCGCCCGAGGAUCGAAUCAUGUGGCAAAUGUCGCCUCGGGGGACACCAAAUGGUGCUUCACAAACAACACCUGCGCCAAAGAAAGGCAGACGGGGCAAGAAGCGAACUGCAUCGCCGAAUGUUGUAACUCCUAUUGGAAAGAAACGUGGAGAGACAUUCAACCUUCAGCGGUUGGGCGUUCUUAAAACACCUUUGGCAGAUCCAGCAAUGCAAUUGUGGAGCAAAUAUUCGACUACUGGUAACUCAAGCGGUUCAAACCCCGACGCCAAUCCAGCCGCACGAUUAUUUGGGGCUGAAGGGACGAACCAAUCUCCUCUGGGAUUGAGAAGGGCGUAUAGUUGCGGGCCGGACUGGCCGCAAACGCGGUUAAAGAGGAGGAGAAUAGUCUCAUCCGAAGAUAUCUCUGAGCUAGAUGAGGUCCCUGAAGGGCCUACUGGGAGCGAAGGAGAGCCUGGAAAUCGUGCACCCGGACCGUCGAGAUUGUCGAGGGUUAGUCGAUUGGUAGAUAAGGUGAAGGAAACGCUAGAGAAACCCUCCUCAAUGCCAAACAUACUAUCCUCUUCACCAUUACACGAAAAUUCUCUUGAUGGUACUUCCUCUCCAAUUCGUCGGGGAGGGGGUGGGAGGACAUAUACGAUCAAUCCUCAAGCCGAAGAGAGCGAUGACGAGGGCGACGACGGCGACGGCGACGGUGAUGGUGACGAUAAUAGUAAUGAUAAGGAAGAGGGGCAUAUCGCUAGCUCUGACUCCGAAGACUUUGGAGAUUUUGAUGACGAUGAUAUUGAUAUGAUGAUGCUGGAUAAGGCGGAAGAGCUCGCAGAAAACAGCACAGGCGCGCAUCAGACCAUGGCUUCCUUAGCAGGAGACCCUGUCGUAGAGCCGGAGCUACCUUCAGGAAAGAGACAGCAGAUUCUGACUCCUGUUAAGAAAAGGAUAGUAGAAGAAGAGGAUGAGGAUGAAUUCGGCGAUGACGACGAUGACGAGUUUGCGGCUGGUGUCGAAAACCUCAUCUCGAAAUAUGAAACCCAAACGACUGUAAAUAAUCCAAACACAUCAAGCCCUGAUCAACAACGCCAACUCUUUCAAUCACGGGCCGAAUAUCACAAAACUGCAACUGAGAUUGCAGCAUCCCAGGUCCUGGAGGAGUUUGGUGAUAUUGAUUUUGAUGAGUGGAAUGACGAAGAACUGGAACUAUCUAAUGGCCUGAAAGAUUUAAAACCAAAAAGCAUAAGAAGGUAUCUAGUUCUUGAGAUUUCCCUGGGAAGCUGGAUAUGGAAAAAUAAUGCAGACCGGGAAGAGAAGGUAUUGAGAGUGAAAGCCGAAAAAGAGAAAGUUGAGUGCAUCAUCAAACUUCGCGAGAACUGGUAUGAUACGAUCGUGGUUGAAGGUGAUCAUCUACAUUUAAUCGGGUCAUUUGAUUCAUCCCGUACAUGUAUCGUCGACAACGCCCACAACAUGAUCAUUUUGCAUCCCGACUUUCUCGUUUCAUGUACAGUGGUAGCAGACUCUUUCAGCUGUGUUCGGAAAUCGGUCAUGCAGGAUCGUGUAAAAGCAGCAGGGGAUGUCAGCAGGCCGCUAGUGUACGGAAAUAUUCUACACGCCUUAUUUCAGGCGGCGUUAAUGGCAAAUGAUUUUUCAACUGUUUAUCUGAAUGAGGUUAUAGAUAAACUCGUUGUUGAGCAUGUUGAAAGCCUUUAUGUUCUCCACGAGGAAAUACCUGUUGCGACGAAAUAUGUGAGGUCGAAGUCCUGGUUAAUACAGGAUUGGGCAAAAACAUUUGUGGCACUGAAGCCAAAGAAUAAUGCCACAGUAACAGAUCACCGUGGUAAAAGUGCUCCUAUUGUUGCCGUAAACAAGUUGCUUGAUAUUGAGGAACAUAUUUGGUCGCCCAUGUAUGGACUCAAGGGUAAUAUUGAUGCGACAAUUCAAUCCACAAUCAUCGAUAGUAACGGUGAAAAGACCUUGACAAUCCCUCUAGAGCUAAAGAGUGGGAAAAAUUCAAGCUCGACUAUGCACAGGGCACAGACUAUGCUCUAUACCCUCCUGAUGUCAGACCGUUACGACAUCGAUGUGGCGUGCGGGAUGUUGUAUUACAUUGAGAGAGCAGAGAUGAUUCGUGUCCCGGCAAUUCGAGACGAGUUACGCGGGAUGAUCAUUGGUCGUAAUGAAAUUGCUAGCUACAGCCGUAAUCGUACAGCUCUUCCUGAAAUGCUACGCAAUAAAAAUGCAUGCGAAAGAUGCUACGCCAAAACACCAUGUUUCAUUUAUCACAAGCUCUUGGAAGAUGGAACCCCUGAAACCAGUGGUGCUGAAAAGGCCUUCACAGAAAUGACCCAUUACCUUGGCAAUUCUGACGCAAAAUUCUUCAAACAUUGGGACACUCUAUUAUCUAAAGAAGAAAAGGAUCUAUUCCGUUUCCGUAGGGAGCUUUGGGGGAUGAUCAGCUCUGAAAGAGAAGCUGUAGGAAGAUGUUUUGGAAACCUUGUGAUCGAGCCUGGCUCGGUUUCGGUGAACGAAUCCUCCGGAAAGAUUACCAAGUACACGUACUCAUUCAACAAGAAGACCAACGACCCCACACUUACCUUUCUGGAUUCCCAGAUCAGUCUUGGUGAGCCAAUCGUGAUUUCUGACGAGAAGAGUCACUAUGCGUUGGCAUUGGGAUAUGUCACCGAUAUCAGAAGCCAUAAAAUUACGGUGCAGGUUGAUAGGAGACUUCAUAAUGCUAGGACGAGAGAGCCAGGAUUUGACAGUAAAAAGAAUCAGGUCUUUGCAGGGAUUAUGGAGGUUACGAAGGACGGAAAGAAUGAUCAGAAGCCGCUGGAUGCUUGGUUAUUACAGGCUCAAGACGAGGAAAUGCUGUUUAGGCUAGACAAAGACGAAUUUAGUAACGGCAUGGCUACCGUGAGGAAUAAUCUUAUACAGAUGAUGGUGACAACCCCAGUAGAAAAGUAUCGGAGAUUGAUUAUCGACCUUGAGACGCCAAAGUUCAAGGAUUCUCCAACAGCAUAUACCUUAGAAAACGCUGAAAGCUUGAACGGGGACCAACGAAAAGCGAUUGAGAAAGUUAUGACCGCUCAUGAUUAUGCGCUUGUGUUGGGAAUGCCUGGAACGGGAAAGACGACAACUAUUGCACACAUCAUAAGAGCCCUGGUAAACCAGGGAAAAAGUGUACUUUUGACUUCGUACACCCACACGGCUGUUGAUAACAUUCUCCUAAAGAUUCGGAACGACAACAUUGAUAUCUUGCGAAUAGGCUCAGGGGCUAAGAUCCAUCCAUUGGUAAAAGGAUUUGCUCAGCUAGCAGAGACCCCGAGGAAAACAUUUAAGGAAAUCCAUGAUGCUUUCCACAAGCCAAAGGUCGUGGCAACAACGUGUUUGGGUAUUAACCACACUAUCUUCAAUGAAAGAAAAUUCGACUAUUGUAUAGUGGACGAAGCCUCUCAGAUCACCUUGCCCGUCUGCUUGGGACCUAUCCGCAUGGCUACUACUUUCAUCCUUGUUGGUGAUCACUAUCAAUUACCACCGCUCGUAAGGAAUCCGGAGGCUCGAGAAGGAGGUUUAGAUAUCAGUCUAUUCAAGCUCUUAUGCGAAGCACAUCCGCAGGCAGUUGUCAACCUAGAACACCAGUACAGGAUGUGUAAAGAGAUCAUGACUCUGUCAAAUGAACUCAUUUAUAACGGAAUGCUUAAGUGCGGGAAUGAGCAGGUUGCGAACAAGAAGCUUGAAAUUCCGAGUAUUAAAGGACUUGAUAGACUCCACUCCCAGUCAAAAACAUGUACUGGCAGUCCUUGCUGGAUUCGUGAUUUGUUGAGCGAGAAUGUGAAAGCAUGUUUCAUCAAUACUGAUACCGUCCCCGCUCGUGAAGAGCGUCGAGGUGAUCGAAUCAAUAAUCCUGUUGAAGCUGAGCUUGCAUUUCAGCUCGUCGAAGGGCUUAUUACAACUGGAAUCGAUCCUUCCUCCAUUGGUGUUAUAUCCGUCUAUCGUUCUCAAAUCAAAAUCAUCCAGAACCUCCUCCGCAGUCGGCCUACUGUCGAAAUGCACACUGCAGACAAAUUUCAAGGCCGCGACAAAGAAGUGGUUAUCAUCUCACUUGUUCGCUCAAACGAUGACCAGAAUGUUGGCGAGUUGCUACGAGAUUGGAGGAGGAUCAAUGUCGCGUUUACGAGGGCCAAGACAAAGUUAAUAAUUUUGGGGAGUAAGACAACAUUGAGCACCAAUGAGCUAUUGGCCAGCUUUGUGGGGUUGAUGGAAAGGAAUAAAUGGGUGUACGAUCUACCGGCAGAGGCGCAGGCAGGUCAUAUCAUGCCCAUACUCCAAACGCAGUCCCAAUCUCAGAGACAGGAAAACCGCGGAGGUGCUUCUGGAAGUGCUUCUGAAGGGGGAGCGGCGAAGUUGGUGAAGGUUAUUAAUGGGAAAAAAAAUAUUACGUCGAGGGCAGACUUCUUGGGAAAUAGGCCAAUUUUGAGGGAUGUCGUUAAUGAGAUGGUCUAA